AUGGGCAUUAUCUUCAAGCGCUACCUGGACCCGGAGACAUCGACCUCGAGAAUCUUUGGCUGCACCGUCUGCAAAACACAUCUGUCGUCAAGCGACGAGAUUAUCUCCAAGGAGUUCCGAGGACAGCAUGGCAAGGCGUAUUUGUUCAAGACCGUCAUAAAUAUUUACGAAGGCGAGCUUUCGGAGCGCUCCAUGACGACUGGCGUCCAUGUUGUUCGCGAUAUCUAUUGCGUCUGCUGCAGCUCGAUCAUCGGAUGGAAAUAUGAAAAGGCGUACGAGGGUUCUCAAAAGUACAAGGAAGGACUAUUCAUCAUGGAACGCCUCCUGCUGACAGAGCUCUGA